ACCGAGGCACGGGGCUGGCCCCUGCUGCUGCUGGAGCCGGUUGUGGUGGGGCAAGGUCCCAGCCCACAGCACCCAUGGGUGCCCCGUGUCCCACCCGCUGACCCCCUCCUGUUGCUUUGCAGGGUCUUCAAGAAAGCCAGUCCCAACGGGAAGCUCACCGUCUACCUGGGCAAGAGGGACUUCGUGGACCACAUCGACGUGGUGGACCCCGUGGAUGGGGUGGUGCUGGUGGACCCCGAGUACCUGAAGGAGAGGAAAGUCUUCGUGACGCUGACCUGCGCCUUCCGCUAUGGGCGCGAGGACCUGGACGUGCUGGGGCUGACGUUCCGCAAGGACCUCUUUGUGGCCAACGCUCAGGCCUUCCCCCCCCUGCCCGAGGAGAAGAAGCCCCUGACGCGCCUGCAGGAGCGGCUCAUCAAGAAGCUGGGCGAGCACGCGUACCCCUUCACCUUCGAGAUCCCCCCCAACCUGCCCUGCUCCGUCACGCUGCAGCCAGGCCCCGAGGACACGGGGAAGGCCUGUGGGGUGGACUAUGAGGUCAAAGCUUUCUGUGCCGAGAACCUGGAGGAGAAGAUCCACAAGAGGAACUCGGUGCGCUUGGUCAUCCGGAAGGUGCAGUACGCGCCGGAGCGCCCCGGCCCCCAGCCCAUGGCAGAGACCACGCGGCAGUUCCUCAUGUCCGACAAACCCCUGCACCUCGAGGCCUCCCUGGACAAGGAGAUCUACUACCAUGGAGAGCCCAUCAGCGUCAACGUCCACGUCACCAACAACACCAACAAGACGGUGAAGAAGAUCAAGAUCUCAGUGCGCCAGUACGCGGACAUCUGCCUCUUCAACACCGCCCAGUACAAGUGCCCGGUGGCCGUGGAGGACGCGGAUGACAUGGUGGCCCCGAGCUCGACGUUCUGCAAGGUCUACACCCUGACCCCAUUCCUGGCCAACAACCGGGAGAAGCGGGGCCUGGCGCUGGACGGGAAGCUCAAGCACGAGGACACCAACCUGGCCUCCAGCACCCUGUUAAGAGAUGGAGCCAACAAGGAGAUCCUGGGCAUUAUUGUCUCCUACAAGGUGAAGGUGAAGCUGGUGGUGUCACGAGGAGGGCUGCUGGGAGACCUCGCCUCCAGCGACGUCGCAGUGGAGCUGCCCUUCACCCUGAUGCAUCCCAAACCCAAGGAGGAACCGGCACAUCGGGAUGUUCCAGAGAACGAAGCCCCCAUAGAUACGAACCUGAUAGAGCUGGACACAAACGACGACGACAUCGUCUUCGAAGACUUCGCCCGCCAGCGACUCAAGGGCAUGAAGGACGACAAGGAGGACGAGGAGGAGCGGACGAACUCCCCGCAGCUCAAUGACAGAUAAGCCCCCCCCACCCCGUGUCCCCACUGCCGCCGGGGGGGCACAUCCGGCUGCUUCUCCUUUUGUAUGAUGAUGGAGUUUGGUUUCUACCUGUACCGGAGGCUCCGGCUUCGCCCGCUGGUCACAGCAAUUAUAACCCUCCAGCUGUG